UGAGAGCAAGAGAGGAUACCAACAAAGAGGCAGGCGCACGUCAGUCGAAAGCGGAAGCAAAGUUUUUUUGGUGAAAUGGAAAUAUAAAAGCUUGUAAGAACGACGUUGUGUUCAUCCCAGUAACAUGGAAGCAGAAAAGAGUUAUUUCGCUUACUGUUUGGACACGAAGACAAAAUUAAAUUACUUCAUCGUGCCGUCAGGGUUUUUAAACCCAAGACCAAAAGCAAUAUAUUCGGAACCAGGUGUUGCCUUUGUCACUCUUGGAGAAGACUUCUGGGGAUCUGUGUUCCAAUCAGCAUAUCACGAGUCUUUGGAGGUAGACCCUGACGAUGGGUCCUUCCUGGACAAAAAAUCCAACAAAGAUUUCCAGUACUUGCUAACCAAAGAAGAGUACAAAGAAUGUCUCGUUCUUGCCACUGCUUCCUCCGUCCAAGAACUACAAAAGUUAAUCCAAGUUUGCCAAAUCAAAGUUCCAGAAAUAAACCGACGGUUGGAUAAUUCUGUCGCUGGAUGCCAACAACACGACGAGCCAGAGCAGACUUUCCCGACAAUGUUCCAGCAAAACAAGCAAAUCAGGAAUGGUGAAUCCAAUCAGCAAAAGAGAAGCAUAGAUUAUACAAUGGUCUCACAGAGCGCAGAGUUAAAAUCUGUAUCUGCAAGAGCAAGUCUUUACUUUACGCCACCAGAGGACGCAAGGAGAGAAAUAAUGGAAAAACCGAUUGAGUCGCACGAUGUCUCGGAGAAUGAUAAGAGAGGCGAUACACACAUUCGACCUGAAGGAGUAGCAAAUCUAGGAAUUUUUGAAUCUGAAAUAGAUGGACGUGUCAUCAGACAAAACGCAGACAAUGUUUGUGUCCUGGUUAUUCACUACGAGUUCAAAAACAAUCCAGAAUAUUUCCGAAAGGGAGACGCCUGUGACGUGAAACGCCUGAAGACUUUCUUAGGGGAAAACCGGAAUUGCAAUUUCCGUAGCUUUCAGUCACCGGACAAAAAGACUUUGCUCCAACUUCUCAGCGAUGAAGAAAAGCUUUUGCAGUUUUUCAACUCACAAGAUGACGUUCCUUCAGUUUUCGUGCUUUUCAUUCUCUCUCACGGGUCUGAGAACGGAGAGAUAGCGACCGACCACUUAGAUAGGAAAACAAACAAAUACGAAUGUUUCACAACAGAUGAGAUCCUUGACUCUUUACAGACGCUAACAAAAUUCGACAAAUGUCUGAAAGUCGUGAAUUUUGGGCCAUGUCGGGGGUCGUUGGUGGAUUCUAAGUUCGACAUGAAGAAUCCAUACCAAAACUAUGCAAACAGGAAUUCAUGCAGAAUCACCAUUCGCUCGAAAAUGCACAACUAUGUUGUCUAUUAUUCGACAGUAGAAACGACAGUGGCAAACACUGAUGAAAAUGGUUCAUGGUUGGUAAGGAACAUCUGCACGUGUCUGAACGAAGCUGAUGGCAAGCCCUUGUUGAAAUUCUUCACCAUUGUUCAGAAUCGAAUGCAUGAAACGUCACGCAAUUUCACAACCUUUGGUGAAAACACUGCUCUUGGGCAGACACCAGAGCUCAAAAUGUUUCAACAGGACAGGAUAUUCAUAAUCUCAAAGGCGAAAACCGUAUCAAAACCAUUUUCAAACACUGAUGGGUCUGGAAACGUGAGCAAAGUCUCAAAUGAAAAACAUCCCGAACAUUUCUCCUGGAAAUCGGAUGAGAGAAAGGACAUCAGGGGUCGCAGAGGUUUCAUUUUAUCCGUGGUCCAAAGUAAAAAAGUUCAAGAAAUGAAAAGAGUUCUUCAGAACCUGGACUUCGAAAUCACAGACUGGACACUUAAUGGUCAAUCCAUGGAAUUUUAUUUUAAGAUAGUGUCCACCGAGUUGGAACCUGAUGUGGGCUGCAUUAUGACCUGCAUAUUUGGCCCUGUGUGUGAAAACGAACAGAAAGAGGCUUGCGUGCGCGUGGGUAAAACGACUUGUCCAAUCACGGACAUCCUACACAGCUUGGUCGGCCCUAAAAACGAUAAAUUGAUAGGAAAGCCGAAAAUUCUGAUUGUUGUUAACGUUGAAGCACCACAAACGGACAAUAUCUCUGUGGACGUGAAAGAACUACAAGUCUCUGCUACAAACCACAGUGGCUGGCUAGUAUUGAUUUUAAAAUAUGAAGAUGCACUAGAGAAGUUGAUUGAACUCCUUGGAAAAAUCGAUGAGAAAAUAAGCCUUCAAGAACUUCUGGAGCCUCUGCUAACUCGUGAGUCCAAAAGAGAAGAUGUCGUUCUUCUCAAUUCAACUUUGCAGUAUCUCAUCAAAUUUCCUAAUUGGUCAAGAACAUUUGUUAAUCCCGAAUUUAAACUAAAAAACACAAAAAUUUCCCGUGACCAAACGGGUAGUUUAAAUAAUUCAACGCAAUCGCCUUUGGUGGAAAAAAUCGACUUUGAUAGAUUAACGGAAAAGGCCAAGCAUUUGUUUGAGGAAAACAAAAAAUCGAUUGAAACGGGGAGUUCUCCAGAAAAUGUCUCUUCUGCAAAAAAUUCAGCAAAAGCGAGCAUUGUUUGGCUGUUUAAUUCAGUUGCUGGAGCAGGAAAAUCAACCGUUCUCGGAGAAAUGGCGCACCAACUCACCAAAUAUUACGGAGGAUUCAAAAUACUGCGAAUUCCUCUGAAAAAAUACUAUCGGUACCUAUUUGACAUGCCUGCAUUGAAUGUGAAUGAAAUCGAAUUUCUCGCGAAGACCACCUGCAAUUCUCACGACGAUAUCAAGAAAUGGAUAAAGAAGAGAGAAGCCAUUGUUUUCCUUGACGGAUUUGACGAAGUGUGUCCAGAUUUCAGAGAAAAAAUCAUCAAAAUUUUGAUUGCGUUAAAGCAAGCAAGUGUCCCACUGUUUGUCGGGACCAGGCCUCACGAAGUGCACCACAUCCAAGGUAGGAUAAAAAACACUACGAUGGUCGAGAUUGAACCCCUUGAUAAAAAGAUGCAAAUCGAGUUUCUGAAGAUUGUUGCCGGAAAGAAUCAGCAGGAAAUCGAACAAUUGAUGAAAAUCUUCAAAGACCAAAACAUUCUGGGAAAUCCACUCUAUCUCAAAUUGCUGGCCGAGAACAAAAGCAAUGGAAACUUGUACGAAAUCUUUGACACAAUCGUGCGGCGCAAAGUAGAAAUUUGUUUGGUGACAGAAAAUGAAAACAAAGAUGUCGGAAAACACAUGAUCGACAAAGAAUUGAAGGUUAUUCAAUUGGUGGCCUCUCGUUUCGUAACAGGAGUGAAGAUCGACCAAGGCAGUGUAACAAAGGUAGAGUUAGAGAAGAUCAACGCUUUUGGAGUAGUGACAUAUUGCAAUGACAAGGUGAAUUUCACGCACCAAACGUUUGCAGAAUUUCUCACCGCACAAAAAUUUAUAACCGAUCUAAAAAAUCCAGGACCUGAGAAAGUUCCCUUAUUCAACGAUGAACUGAUGCAGUGCAGGAAGUUUGUUGACCUUUUCUUUUCUACGGAGAAGGGGAAGGACGAGACCUACGCAGAGGCUUUUAGAGAUUUGGCUAAAUCGACCGAGCCUUUGAAAUUAGCGAGCCAAAUUUGUCGAGAGGAUUUGAGACAAAUGUUCAAGUUGCUAAGCCCUUAUCUUUCAUUAACAGAUAAAGACGGUAAAAACGCUUUGCACUUCGCAUUGCGGCACCUUGAAAUGGUCAAAAUGGUGCACGAAAAGAACAGCAAGUUAGCGACCGAAACCACCAACAAUGGAGACAACUGUCUCCACCUGGCGAUCGAUGACGAAGAAUGCAGCGAGGACGUGGCUAUUUGGCUUUUGAAAAACACUGAAGUGGACAAAAACGCUGAAAGCAUUGUUAAAGAUUCGCCACUUCUGCUAGCUUGUGAAAGAAAAAAAUGGAAAGUGGUAAAAGAGUUUAUAUCGGCCGAUGUCGAGGUAAACAAAAUCAGUCGAGGGGGCGAAUCAAUUUUGCACUAUGCCGUCAAGUCAAAUCAAUUAGAUUUAGUGCAAGCACUUCUUCGCAAAGGUGCGGAUGUCAAUUUCAAAGGUCGGAAGGAAAAGACAGCUCUUCAUAUAGCUGCUUCGAUCAAUAACCUAGAAAUGGUGCAAAUUUUGCUUGACAAUGGUGCAAAAGUAAACGCACAAGACAAUGAAAAAUGUACCGCAUUGCAUUGUUUGGCCAGUAAAUUAAACCCAGCUGCAGGAAUAAUCCGAAAGCUGCUCGAACGUUCUGCUGAUGUUCAUUUGAAAACACUCAAUGGAGCAUCAGCCCUUCACCUAGCUGCUAUGUGGAAUCAAAAGCCAGAAAUGGUGAAAAUUUUGUUGGAAAAAGGCGCCAACGUUCAUUCCAAAGAUAAAGACGGACUUACAGCCCUUCAAAUAGCUGCUAGAUGGAAUAAAAACCCAGAAAUUGUGCAAAUAUUGCUUAAAAAAGGCGCCAGAGUAAACGCACAAGACAAUGACAAAUGGACCGCUCUGCAUUACGCCGCUAGAUAUAGCGAAGUUCCAGAAGUAGUGCACCAGCUUCUCGAGAAAGGCCCUGAUAUUAACUUAAAAACAAAUCACGGAGAGACUGCGUUAUAUUUCGCGGUUAAGUAUAAACCAGUGAGAGGAAUUGUUCUAAAUUUGCUCGAGCAUGGUGCCAAAGUAAAUAAAAUGAUUAGCAAUGACAAAGAAUGCACUGCCGCAUUUCGGAGCAUGCACAUAAAUACCCUCAAAUACAAACUUAAGAAUCUAUUUUUAAAAUGACUCUGAUGAAUUGUUAAAUAUUCGAACAAGUUGUUGGCGAAAAUGAAUAAAAUUUGUUUCAAAGCUGGAAUAUUACUUGAGCCAAAAUAUUUGCAAACUUAUUGUACUAUAUUAUAAACACUAACUUUUUUAAUUGUAAACAAUUAAUAAAUUUGUAAUCAUGUACCAAUUAAGGAUUGGUGGAGCAGUCGCCGUCGUGUGUGUUUAUCAUUAAGAAAUGUAAACAAUAAGUCACAGUUAUCAUCUGGUAGAACUAAAAGAUACGUUUGGAUAAUUAAUCAGUUGCUAACUAUCUUAUUUUUAGAUACAUCAAACUAAUUUAAAAAAAUGAAAAUUUUUGGACUAAUGGAAAAAUGUAUUGCAUCAAUUUUUUCUUUCUAAAUAAAACACGUUUUAAUAAAAUUUAA